CGUGAGGCUCUAUAACGCCAUGACUCUGCGCUGCACGCUCAUUCAUUUCACCCCGUCAGCUCAGAGCGAACAACUGCAGGCUCCCAGCGCUCGCGCCUAAACUUUCCCAAGUCCUCGUGGCUCUCGUGUCGUGCCAAACUCCCGCGUGCCUCUUCUCCUGAGGGGAAAAAGUAGCACGAGUUGAGCAGACCGUAGUUCGGACCAUGUCUCGCAGCUCGUGCGCCGUGUACGCCAGCGCCAUCAUCAGCGUCCACCUCAUCAUCAUUGGGAUCGCGCUGCUGGUGGCAGGGGUCUUCCAGACCCUCAUUAACGACCGCCUUAAGGGGGAGAUCACCCUGACGGAAGGCAGUAAGGUGUUUGGUACAUGGAAGAACCCCCCUCCUCCAGUCUUCAUGGAGUUUUUCUUCUUCAACGUCACCAACCCUGAUGAAUUCUUGGCUGGGGCCAAACCUCAGGUCACGCACAUGGGUCCCUACACCUACAGAGAGUACAGGCCCAAAAUUAAUGUCACCUUUGUGGAGAAUGGGACCAAAGUUUCCGCUCUGACCCCCAAGACCUUUGUAUUUGUGCCAGAGAUGUCAGCAGGAGACCCCAGUGUGGAUAAUGUCACUACUGUUAACAUCCCAGCUGUGGCGGUGAUGAAUAAGUUAAGGGACUCAAGCUUUUGGGUGAAAACACCCAUAUCCAUGUUCAUGAACAGCAUAGGCACCACCAUGUUUAUGACCCACACAGUGGACGAGCUUCUGUGGGGCUUUAAGGACCCGCUGCUCAGCCGACUGCACAAAAUAAAGCCGGAGGUGGACGAGUACUUUGGCCUCAUGCUCAACAAAAACGGCAGCAAUGACGGAGAGUUCGUGUACCUCACUGGAGAACAGAGCUACUUGGAGUACGGCCGCAUCGACACCUGGAAAGGCCAAAAGCUGAUGACGUUUUGGGGCACGAAUCAGAGCAACAUGAUUAACGGCACGGACGGCAGUGCCUUCCACCCAUUCCUGACCAAAGAGGAGCGUCUGGACGUCUUCACCGCAGACCUGUGCAGGUCGAUCUACAUGCUGUUUGAGAAGGAGGUGGAGGUGAAAGGUAUCCCAGCGUACCGGUACACCCCCCCACGCGAAGUACUGGCCAGCGCAAACAACAAUCCGGAGAACGAAGGCUUCUGCCUCGACCAGAAGAAGUGCCUGGAUGAUGGAGUGCUAAACGUGGCAGUAUGUCGCAAAGGUGCUCCUGUCAUAGUCUCCUUCCCUCAUUUCCACCUGGGUGACCAGAAGUACGUGGACGCCAUAGAGGGACUGAAGCCGAUUCACGACCAGCACCAGACCUUCUUGGACCUGAAUCCCACUACCGGUGUGCCAGUCCGUGCCUGCAAAAGAGCCCAGAUAAACAUUCUGCUUGAAAGAGUGCCGGGCUUUCCAAUGACCAGAAUGCUGAACGGCACCAUCUUCCCCAUCAUGUUCCUCAACGAGUCCGUCACCAUUGACGAUGCCUCGGCCGCGAGGCUGCACAAGCUGCUGUCCAUCGCCACCAUCGUCGCCAACUUCCCCUUCAUCCUCAUCGCCCUGGGAGUCAUCCUCUUCCUCAUCAGCAUCCUCCUCAUCAUCCGCUCGCGUCAGAGAAAGACCACGGCGAAGAAGGACACGUCGUACUCCCCCGUCAGCGCCAAAGCAGACGACCCGGCCGAGAAGAACGGGACAUUCAUUGGCAUGACGCCAGUUGAGAAAUCCUGAACGGGGCCUGCGUCAGUGUUUGUGAAUGUGUGGUUUGGUGGGGGGGGUUUAGGGGUUGGGCGGGGGGGUAUGACGAGUGUAUGAAACAUGAAAAGCUCCCACAAAUGCUGUCAGUCACUAAUACCAGUUUUCGGAGUAGCACAGCUUCAACAGCAGCUGAUUGGCGGAUGAAAUCUGACACCACUGGCCUUCCACUCAGGACUAUGAAUGGAGCUAUGAAUGAAUGAAUGAGUGAAUGAAUGGAUGGAUGGGUGAGUGAACGAGUGAGUGUGUCACCAUGUAUAAGAGAGUCUCUAUUCUCUUUGCCUUGUUGCGGUCAUUUAUACCGAACCGUCCCUGCGCUAACGGCGCACGCGGUCAUUUCAGGUCACGCUCAGGAUCUGAGGGUUACACAUAUCGAGUAUUUUGAGAGAAGCUUUAGACUGAAAAUGCUACUGCGUUUUCUAAGACCACUGGGAUACCAACCGUCACGAACAAGGGGGGUAUUUUUACACUUUUUUGACACGUUUCCUCCAACACGUCUCCCCCGCUAAUGGCGAGAGGGAACAGAGUGCCUUUACGCUUGGCCGUGCAAAAGUUACCUCUGCACAUUUUAAUGCACAAUCACUGCGUAUUUGCUGCGUUCAGCUCAAAAUAAAACGUGAAAUGUGGCCUGUGAAAAAGUUAUAUUUAAGUUAUAUUACACUUUACAUUUGAUGCCUUGUUUUUUUUCCAGUACGUUAAAAUCGUGCACUGAAAUUUGCAGAAUAAUAUCAUAUUUAAGUUCCCUGUCGACGAUGCGUUCACUUAUUUUCACUCAAUAAAAAUUUUUAUUUGUGGGGAAGGGGUGCCCAGACUUUUGCAUGUAGCUGUAAGUGAGCCUUUUUUUUUCACUUUUGGUGGACAAGCACAAACUAUUUGUGAAAUGCACUGUCCAGUCCCAUUUCACGUCAUGUGAUUUCAACCUCGAAUGUCGACUGAAAAAAAAAAAGAAAAUUGUUAAAUGUUAAAUAUAAAAAUAACAUUCCAUAGGAAUGUUUUCAUUAAAGGGAUAGUUUGGUGACAAAUCGAUCAAAUAAACCCAGUUCCCACAAUUUUCCCCCAGUGUAGAUCAGUCAAGACGUUUGGUGUGUGAAGCUUGCUGCUUUAGUUUCACACUGGAGAUACGAGGCUAAUGUAGCUAACAAGCAGUGGAAGCCUAUGUACACCAAUUAGCGUGAGGCCUAAAUCAUCGUGCAUUUGCAUGUGAAAUUAUAAAGUAAUCUCAAACUGCGCUUGCUUAUUUGGUUUCUGACACACUGUUAUCUAAAAACAUUUACUGAACAGUAGGACCAGGAACGGUUCCUGGUCUUACUUUUCUUGUGCGCAAGAAUAUAAAAGAAUUAUUACCUAAUUAUGAUCAGAAAUAACAUGAAUAAUCUUUAGACUUCACUUUUUCUGCAAAUGAUACUGAAUAAAAGUCUAAAAGUUGCAUACUUGGCGCCCCCUAGUGGCUCUGAGGCCCUAAGCAACUGCACACACCACUUAUAGCAAGAAACAGGCUGAAAAUACAGACCGCUGCCACCAUUUUUAUGUGAUUUUUAUGCUGUAUGAUGUAUUUAAUUGGGUAAAUCUGACUUUUCACCAAACUAUUCCUUUAACACUUUCUGUUUGGCCCCCUGAUGUGGGCAGCUUGCUGAUGAUUGGAGACGGAAAGUGCUCAGCUCUGAUGGGUAUCUGCAAUGUGAUUGCAGUUCUGUUACUGAAUGAAUUUGUUUUUGUCUUUUUGAAGUGAGAGGAUUACGCUAACAUCAUGCUUAUGUUACUAUCUUUGUUUUUAUCAGCUAUCACUAAACCUGCUGCAUGAGUAAAUAACUUUAUUCCUAUUAGGCAAACCAAGUAUAUUGUCACAUUGCACUAAAAAAAAAAAAAGCUCAGUGUUAUGUUAACGUGCACAGCAGCUCCGUUUGUAAGUGUAAACGGUCAGUCUUUUGGCCAUCGUUUCCAUUUCCUAAUACAUGCUGAUCUAAUCGUGUGCCAAUCAUGUGCUAUGGUUUUCAUGAAGCUGUAUAGAGGCUUUUCAAGCACUGGUUAAACCCGAUCGAGGACCAUUUUCGCAAUUAAUGGAGAUUUUUCCAGACGAGGCUUGAGCUAUGUUUGAAAAUCCAGGCCAGAAACUGCAGUUUUGGUGGGGAUGCACUUCUGCUUUCUUCGAAAUGACGAGCCUUACGUUGAUUCUGUUCAACAUCACAGUCAAAAUGGAACUGAGAGUAAUCGGGCCAGUGGCGUGAGCCGUGCACGCCUCCAACGAGUCAUUUCAAAACCAUUUCUCAGAGUAAACAGAUGCAUUUGGGUCGAAACAGGUUUCAGAGGUCAUUGAGUAUUAUUUCAUGUGGAUUAUUAAUAUUAUGGAAACUCCUCAUGUACAUUUAAUGUAGACGACAGGAUGAUUUGUGUAGUGAUUUUUAGCAAUAAGCCUGGUUGGAAUGUGAUUUUAAAGCUGUUUAGUUUUGACCACACUGAAUGUGUGAAAACUGUUUUCAACUGUGUGCCGUAUGUGUUCGAUGUGUAAAUGUGAAAGAUGUAUUGUGAACAUUUACACAAAAAGCAAUUAUCCACGUUUAUUUGAAGAAUUUAAUACAGUCUGACCUGUACACGACACGAGCCCUUACAUUUCAAAAUUUCAGACUGCACAAAUUUCUAUACAGAAUUUUGUAUAUAUGAGAAAGCCAUCCUCUGUGUUUCCAAUAAAUUAAUAAAUCUGUUGUAACUAA